UGAUUCGCCAUUUGAGUUUUCUCGGAGCAAAAAAUGGAGUCGGAGGUCCAAAAGCCACCGGAGCUGGCACUGCUCUCUCAGAGCACUGAAGCCAAUCCCCCGUCGAGAUCAAGGCCGCCGCCGAAGCGAUUUGUGAAGAACCAAAUCCCCGAUUCCAUCCUCAACAAUUCGGCCUUGAACGCUGCCAUUUCCCUCCUUCCCUCCAACUACAACUUUGAGGUUCAUAAGUGCGUAUGGCGCAUCCUCUCCUCCGGCGCCUCCCGCGUCGCCCUACAGCUCCCCGAAGGUCUUCUCAUGUACUCACUCAUUCUCUCCGAUAUCCUCACCACUUUCGGCAAGGCCUCCCACUGCUUCGUUCUUGGCGAUGUCACUUAUGGUGCCUGUUGCGUCGAUGAUCUCUCCGCCUCCGCCCUCAACGCUGAUCUCCUUAUCCAUUACGGCCAUAGCUGCCUCGUUCCUAUCGAUUCCACCACGAUUCCGUGCCUGUACGUUUUCGUCGACAUUGCCAUUGAUGUGCCUCGUCUUGUUAAUACUGUUCGUCUCAAUAUCGAUGGUCUUGGUUCCACCAACUUAGUGCUUGCCGGAACGAUUCAAUUUGCCUCUGCCAUUAGAGCUGGGAAGCUGGAGCUCGAGAGGCAUGGCUUCCGGGUUUUAAUCCCCCAGUCCAGGCCAUUGUCUGCUGGCGAAGUUCUGGGCUGUACGGCUCCGAAAAUUUCCUCGUCUGCUUUCGGCAAUGACGGGGAGACUGUUGCGAUUUUUGUUGCGGAUGGGAGGUUUCAUUUGGAAGCUUUCAUGAUAGCGAACCCGGGAAUUAGGGUUUUCCGAUAUGAUCCAUAUGUUGGCAAGUUAUUGCUUGAGGAGUAUGAUCAUGUAGGAAUGAAGGCGUCGAGAAAAGGCGCGGUUCUGAAGGCGAGGGAAGCGAGAAACUGGGGUAUUGUGCUGGGGACCUUGGGAAGGCAAGGGAAUCCCAAAAUUUUGGAGAGAUUGGAGGAGAAGAUGAAGUCUAAAGGAUUUGAUUAUACUGUUGUUUUGAUGUCUGAGAUCAGUCCUUAUAGAGUGGCUUUGUUUGAGGAUUCGGUGGAUGCAUGGAUUCAGAUAGCUUGUCCCCGUCUUUCAAUUGACUGGGGAGAUGCUUUUGCUAAGCCUCUUCUUACUCCAUUUGAGGCUGAGGUAGCUCUUGGACUAAUCCCUGGUUGGUGGGAGAGAACAAACGCUGCUAAAUUGAGUUGUAAUGAUUGUGAGAAAUGUGGAUGCAACAGUGAUCAGGUUGAAGGGGAAUAUCCUAUGGAUUAUUAUGCUCAGGAUGGUGGUGAAUGGAACUCUUCCUAUGUAAAGAAGAAAGUUUCUCGCCCUGUUGGGAGAAGAGAUUGAAGGGGAAUAUCCUAUGAACUAAACGCAUUCAAGAUUGCUUAAGAACACCAGCUCAAUAUCAAAGUAGCAAGCAAUAUCAAAACAAGAUCUUUGAUGUUAAGUGGUCAUCUAUCAACUGCAAAGGUUUAACACUGUCACUACAGUUGAAGGAUGCAAAGAUCAGGCAAGUACCCAGUCUUUGGCCUUUUCUUGAUUCUAAAAUAACACUUUUUCUCUCUAUUUGAUGCUUGUUCCAGAAGCUUUUAUUAUCUAUCUUACUCAUGAUAACAUUUUUGUUACACACGUCGGUGAACUGUUGGUUGUCUGCAUUGACUAUCAUGCUGUUAAAUUUUUUUGUGGUU